AUGUCAUCUAAAAACGAUAUUCACAUCAUAUUUCUCUAUGAGUUUAAAAGAGAGACCAAAGUAACAGAAACGGCCCGAAAUAUCAAUGCUGCACUUGGAGAGAAUCUGGUAACUCCAACAACAGUACAACGUUGGUUCAUACAAUCCAGAAGGGAUAUGAAAGUCUGGAGAACAAAGACUGUAGAAUACCAGCUGCAACUCGUUAAGUCAUUUGAAGCAGAUUGGAAAGACAAAAAAGCUAGAUCAAUGAAUACCCCAUGA